AUGCAACUUGCGAUCAAUGCCAUCAUAUUAUUCAUUGCCGUCACGAUAGUGGCCAGAAUAGUACAAUCUCGAAAGGCCUCUAUCAAUCACUUCAUAAAGAAGUUGAGACUUCUCACGAAUGGCUCCAAGCUCAGGACAUCCGCGCCGAAACAGGAAGAGGCUGCACUACACACCGAUGGCGUUAAUGAAACCCGAUCAUGUUCACUGGCGGAACUGUUGACGAGAAAAGAAGUUGAGACUCAGUUCGACAAGGAUACUUGGCAAGGCCUUGCAUACCAAGAUUUCAAAGGCACAAUAUUGGCAAAAGGGAGUGGCAUGAAGACCUUUCCUUGUGUAUACGCCACUAUGGGCUACCGGUCAGACGAUCAUCGCUACGUGUUCCUCGAGUCAGACAAUCCAUCCGAACCCCGUAAUGUCCGCAAGGUAGCUUUAGCUUUAACCGAGUAUCUGCGCAUGUCAACAUCUCUGGGCCCCAAUACAUCCCUCGUCAUCAUCGGCGCCCCCUCCGAGAAGCAGCGUACCGUGGAGGAGCAUAACCGCACGUUCUGGGACAUGCUUCGAGGCCUUCGUAUCUGCGAUCCAAGACCUUGGCCAGAGGACAUCCCACAAGAUACAGAAGAUGCUAAGUGGACGUUUUGCUUCAAUGGUGAGCCGGUCUUCCCUGUCAUGUUAACGCCAGCACACCAGAAGCGGUGGAGCAGACAUAUGAGUGUGCCAGUGAUCGCACUGCAGCCGAAGUGGGUUCUGGAUAAUCUGCUGGGAACUCCUGAGAAGCGAAAGGCUGCACAAAGCAAAGUUCGGAACCUGCUGCAGAAGUACGACACGAUAGGUGUAAGCCCAGAUUUGACUGCUUACGGUGCAGUUGGAACUAGUGAGGCCCGCCAGCUGUGCCUGCAGGACAAGAACGAAUCGGUCCAAUGCCCAUAUCGCAACUUUGAUAGCUAA